AUGAGCACAGAGGACGCUGGCAAUGGGACCCUUCCCACCCCACCUUUCCUUGGGCUUCUGGUUUCAACCACUGAGCUGGUCCCACCUGUUACCACAUUCCCUGAGAAGGCAGACCCACUGGCCUUCAUCAUCACACUCGUCUGCAUCUUCCUCCUCCUCGCGACCUUCCUCAUCUUUGUCACCCUCUGCAAGCCGGCAGCACUGGACCAGUCCCACUCUGGGUCCCGUGAAUGCAUGCCCCAUCACCCAGUGGAUGCAAGCGAGCCCCAGCUGAGGCUGAGCUCCCUGAGAUGUUCCAUUAAUACCUUCAGGAGGAGCCAGCCGAUGUCCCAGAGCCAGCCGGCCUGCCCCAGGAGCUCCCCUGCCAGCCAGGACCGGGACAUCAUGGAGUCCACCAAAAUGUGA